GGCGGUCAACCCAAUCCUUCUGAUUCGGAUGGAUGAGCGUACGAAGCAUCAUUUGAGCGGUUUGAUGUGCCCGCUCCGUUUGCUCGUCCGUUUGUGGAUGUCGAACCGAACUUGGUUUCAUAUUGGUGCCAAAUUCCUGCAUGAGAGAAGUCCACAAUGUCAACAUGAAACGAGUGUCGUGGUCGUUGAUAACGUCUUCCGGUACGCCGUGGCUGCAAAUCCAGCCGGUGUGCAAGAGGCGCACAAGUUCGGGAGCCGUGGCGUAGUACUUGCAAGGGAGAAAUCGCGCAUACUUACUCAAACGGUCAACGACCGUGAGGAUGCCGUCGUGCCAGAGGCGGUCGCGGGGAAACGGACCAGUGACAUCCAUGGCAAUGGAGAGGCUGGGUUCCCGUGGGAUAGGCAUCGGGCGCAAAUCGCCGUAGGGAUUGCGGUUGUGGGGCUUGCUUUGUCGGCAAACUUUGCAAGAGUCGCAAUACCGAGCGACAUCGGUAAUGAGGUUGGGCCAUCGGAAUCGUUGCCGAAGUCGUGCAAUAGUGCGAUUGACUCCAAAAUGGUAGGCGAGUCGGGAGUUAUGGUACUCGCCGAGAAGGCGAGUCCGAAGAUGACGGUUUCGUGGGACACACAAUAAGUCCUUGCCUCGUGAGUGGAGGAGCAAGUACCCGUCGACGAUGAAAUAGUGGCUGGCCCACGGGUGAU